AUCCAAAUGUUUUCUUUCACUUCUCUUCCCACUUUACCAGAGAAGAUAAAGAUGAGUCUACGGAAGCAAACCCCUAGUGACUUUCUAAAACAAAUCAUUGGAAGGCCAGUCGUCGUAAAAUUAAAUUCUGGAGUUGAUUAUCGAGGUGUCCUGGCUUGCCUGGAUGGGUAUAUGAAUAUAGCCCUGGAACAGACGGAAGAAUAUGUAAAUGGACAAUUAAAGAACAAGUACGGGGACGCAUUUAUCCGAGGAAAUAAUGUAUUAUACAUAAGCACACAGAAGAGGAGGAUGUGAAGAUGCCAGAAGGAGGCUGUUUUGUACUUGUCAACCUCUUCAAAGCCAUGAGUCCUAUUUGAUUUGUAGUUAAUAAUCCACAGGUGGAAUGCACAAGUGUUUAAAUGUGGGGUAUUUUUUUUUACUAAAUGUAAACCAGUAUAAACUUCCUGAGUGUUUUUGUUUCAAGGCAUUGCUUUGUUCCACUGUACAGAAAAAAAAAUAAAAGCGAAGCAUGUAAUAGUGCCACAAGACUAA